UACACAAAGAUUUAUUCAUGUUAGCUCUCAUUACACACACAUUAUAACCGCGGGGAUCUCUUUUAAAGGUCUAAUAUCAAUAAAUACAACUUUUUAGUUAGCGUUGAAUCGUUAGAAGAGCGAUAUUUCAGUCAGAAGUUGGUUUUAAGGCGUGUUUAGGCUAUUGAGAACAGCUACAUUCCUCAGUAAUGGAAAACAAACAAACACCAUGCUAACGGCUAACUGAGUUUACACACAUCAACGUGGCGCAGUCGGACUGAAGGUUAUGAAGAUUGGAUUAUGAGGACUGAAUCAGACUGAGAAGGUUCAUCAUGGAGCUGUACUGGUACAUAGUCGUCAUAAUAUUUAUUAUGAUAAAGAUCUUCUUCUACGUCUGCUGGUACCGCUCGAGACAGAGGCAGCUGGCGGCGUAUCUCAGUAACCCACGCAACGCCCAGAUCGUUAUCGUGGGAGGACGGGCGUACCUGCACCAAAUGUGCGAGAGACAGAAUACGUCCAUCUGGCCAAACUGGCAUGGCGUUCAGGACGAAGGGUCAGUGGGCGAAGUGUCCGCUUCCCUUCCUCCGUCCUCAUCCCUCUCUCAUCUGGACCUACCUCCUCCAUACGAGGUCGUCUCUGGAGCGAACGACCUGAAGCCUCCGCCGUACAGCGAGUUCGCCCAGAACGACGACACCGACGCCUCCCAGAGCCUCACCAUUCCAGACGCCAACGAUUCCAGCACCAUCAGCGACGACCCUCCGCCGUACUCGCCCAGUCCCAACCGGAGCGCUCGCCCCGGCGUCCAGCGGCACCAGCCCGACUCGGAGGGCAGAUCCAGCUAGUCCUGAUCCGUCCGUGCGGAUGAUCCUGUGUUUUUUUAUUAGUUUGCUAAUUAAGGUGUACGCCACAUGGUCAAAAGUAUUCGGACGCCUGAUCGCGAGAGAUUUAAUAAACAAACAAUAUUAGGCUAGAAUAACAGAUGCUCUUUGAAGUAUGUCUGUCGGAAUUUGUGCCUAUUCGGUAGUACGAAAGACUUUUAAAAGUCGGUAGUGUUAAACCUUGUUAAGCGUUUCCUCAUGCUGCAACAGGAAAGAUCCUUCCCUAAACUGUUGCUGCAUAUGAUUUCCUAUAUAUCACUGAUUUAUUACACUGUUGUGGCUGAAACACACAGAUUCAGUAAUUAGAAGUGGCGUCCCGAUACUUUUGUCCGUAUAGUGUAUGCGUACGUGCAGGAUUUUCUAUCCUUUAAAAUGAUAAUAACGGGACUUUUAAUACAGGAAAUGUGAUGAUAAAUAAAUAAAACAGUUCAUCGUUUACUAUCCUGGGUGGAUGAUGAACUGUGUGAGCUGCUCGGAUGAUAAAGGGUGUGCUUUAAGCUCACAUAUGCCUUAUUUUAAAUUCCUCCUUUAUAACCAGCAUCGUUUUAACAUCACACUCGUAUCGUAUCGUAUUCUACCGACUAUAAAUCACAACCGAAAAAAUGGAUCAUACAUGUUACUUUUAGUAGAUGUUACAUUAAUGCAGCGCUUUUCAGCUUCCGGAUUCUGAUGCCCUUAUAGGAUAGACUCAUUAUUACUGUACAAUUAUUACUGUACAAUAACUGACUGAUCUGAUGCGUUUUGAUGCUUUUGAAAGAAACCGAAUGCGUCUCCUAGGAGCUGUAACACAAGUUUAAAAGUGAAACGGAGGAGAAUCCAGAUAAACACAGAUAUUAUAGUGGUAGACUAGUGGAUACUAUAGGGAUAGACUAGUGGACUAGUGAACAAGUAAGACGGUUGCUAGUUCAAGCCCCACCACUGCCAGGUUGCCACUGUUGGACUCUUGAGCAAGGCCCUGAAUUCUCACUUGCUCAGACUAUAUACUGUAAGUCACGUUGGAUACGAGCGUCCGAUUAAAUGCCAUGAAUGUACAACAGAAGCAUCAAAAUGCACCAGGAGCGACGCAGCAUUUCAAACAGAAGCGUGUUCAGCUAAAUCAGAAACGCCUUAAUCUUCUGGUCAGCGUAGCAUUUCAUCCGUCUCGGCUAAAGGCCGCGGCGGCGUCCUCAACCCGCGGCCUCGUAGAUGGUGUAGAUCCGUAAGUGCCAUGUUGGAAAGUCGACUCUGUAGUUGUAGACGCGUGUAGAGGUCUGACCUCACGUCACGGUCACUUCCUAUGUGAGGACGAUUUCAGAAAGUCCCCCCCCCCCCUUCCCCAGCACUUUCUUUUUGUCUUUUAUUCGCCUUAAUUGUGUGUGUUUUUGUGUAAAGGCAUGUGCAGAUAAUCUACAGGAAUCGGUUAUACAGAGUAAAGCGCCGUGAUGUGGUCCAAACAAUCAGAAAGAGCUUCUAUUACUCUAAAUAUGUCUGUCAUGGUUAUUUUACCAAAGUGAAAUAUUAUACCAGCACUUAAAUAUAUAAACACCAGUCAAAAUAUUCCAGGUUUAUAGGCCUUGUAAUGGUUAGGGUUAGAGCAGUUAAUUUUCUUAAUAGAUUUGAGUUUUUAUGCUGCAAACGUUGUAUUUACUAGGCAGCAUUUCCAGCCAGCGUUCGUGCUCUCAAAACGAAAUAAUCGUGCCAUUUAAUAUAUCCACUGUGAAGACGGAAGCUUGGUUAGCUUUGAGAGGUUAAACUCGGGGUUAAAAUGCCACGGUGGGAUUGAUUAUUCCUUAUUAAACCAGGAUAAAGUUUUAAAACUGUAGAGUAUCAGUACAUGCCUGUUUGUAUGCAGUGUAUAUAAUGACUUAUGAUGAUAAUGAUGGUGUAAAUGCAGAAGGUGUGAUUGUGUCUUUUCUCUCUGUGUCUUAUCAGGUCUUAGUAGCGACUCUCGGGCCCUCGGGUCGAACCUUAGCGAGCGUUCUGAUUUUGAUGUGUGUGUGCGGUAACGACGUGUUUAGCGUUUGAUCUGACGGUUUGGGUCCACAUGUGUGGGGUCUGUAGGAUGAAUGAAUGAAUGCUUGUACACUGUUAUUCGCACCGGCCGUGUUGGUUCCGUUUGUAGGUGUACGUCGAGAGACUGGAGCUCAUCUGUGUCUGUACGCUGUGCGCUGAGGGUGGUGACUUAGAUUUAAGGAAGGGGGUAAGGGGGAUGGUACAUUGUGCAGAUCUACAGAUGAGCUACAGUCAGUAGAUGUAUACCUACACGAUGCACCUGAUAUUCGGUGCACUCGGUGUAUAAGGAUCAAUGCUUUUUAUUAUUAAACCAUCACAAUGAAAUGAAA